GCUAUGCAGUGAACCGGAGGCGGGCGCGCCGGGUCACGUGGGCGGCUGGCCCCGCCCCCGGACGCCCGGCCGGCGGCCGGCGCCCCGGCUCUCGCAGUAGUUUCUCGCGGGGCCCGCGGCGGCCGCUCUCGCCGGGGAGAAGCGGGGACCAGAAGCUAGCAUGGAUCUUAGUAGCCCUGAACAAGAUCCUGAAAUGAAGGAAGAAUAUUCUUCUGUCUAUGUUGGCAGAGAAGAGGACAUUAAGAAAUCUGAAAGAAUGACAGCUGUUGUCCAUGAUAGAGAAGUGGUCAUUUUCUAUCACAAAGGAGAAUAUCAUGCUAUGGAUAUUCGCUGUUACCACUCAGGAGGACCUUUACAUUUGGGAGAAAUAGAGAAACUCAUAAAAGACAUUUUGAAAAGAAAAAAAAUUGGAAGUUUGAGGACAACACCAAAUAGAACUUCUAGAAAUGGUUCCUGGAAUAAGCUAUCACCACUAAGCUCUAAAUUUACCUGUGAAGCUCACUGUCAAUCAAGGCAAAAUGACAAACACAUUGUGGUUUUUGUUUUACUAUAAAAGGAAACACAAAUUCAACAGAAAAUAGAGGUUAUUUUUCUGCCACUGAAUUUUCAUGAGUAUGGGAAUACAGUUCUCCAAGGACUUCUCUCAGUUCUGUACAGAUUGGAUCUUCUGAGAAAAGGACAUGGUUGAAUAGCAAACAAUUUGAAAGAAGUAUAUUCCUCUGGAGAGAUCUAGCGAUGUACUUCCCAAGACAUAUCACAGGCACUAAAAGUAAAGGCCUUUGCUCCUUCCCCUCCAGACACAUACGCUCUUCUCCCUUUCUCUCUCUCCCUCCUUCCCCAACUCCACCAAACUGGGCAGACUACCAGCAACCAUAUAAAAGGCUAAAUCUCCUAAUUGCAGGUGUCCUCUCCUAUGAUGCAACUUACUGUGUACACACAGAGGUAACAUCUGGCUCUUAGCUCAUUGCCCUGUGGGAACCGAGUGUAGAAAACUGACACAAGAUGCUGUAUUGGUUGCUGCACUAGCUGUGAAUAAUAAACUGCUGUGAAUCUGCCA